AUGAAGAUUCAAUUUAGCAUGACAAUGGCUGCAAUUGGUGCAGUAGUUGUAAGAGCGGCUGAUACAACGGUCGCGGACCCUGGCUAUCUUGGGGCAUAUCUUACUGAAAUUCAGACGGCCUUAAAUGCCUACACCAAUUAUUUCAAUGACCCUGCCAUCAGUUCCUGGUACGUGGAAUAUAUUUCACUUGUUCAGGCAAACCCUACUGGUUAUUACUCCGAAUUACCAUCACUUUAUUCAAAGGCAAGUUGGUUCACUCAAUUCUCUGACAAUGCAUUCACAGCAUUUCCCUCUAAUUUUGCACUCCCCACUGAUCUUGCAUCUGGAGAUGCAACGACCACAGUUGGAACAUCUUCACCUACUGAAACAAAAGGGAGUGUUACAAGUACAUCCCAAACUUCCACGGGGAGUGGGAUGACAAAUAAUAAGGAAUCGAGUUCCUCAACCACUGCCCCAGCUAGUUCCACUUCUUCAUCUUCAUCGUCGAAGGAUUCCAGUUCUGCAAGUGCUACUGGAUCUAGUUCAAGUAAACUGAAUGGAGACGGGGCAUCAUCUUUUGUGGCACCUGCAGGAAUUCUUUUUGGAGCGUUUGUUGUUGCGUUAUUAUAA